AUGACUAAGCGACUCUGUUUCUUUGCUUUGUUUUAAAUGACUGUACCACAGUGCUCUUGCCAGGAUUGUUGCCCAUGAGGUCCAGCCCACACUUUCAAUAGAAGAUCAGAUUAAACCGGAGAUAUGGAAGUGAAGGAAAUUAAUGCCACUAAGACUCAGACUACUGUGAAUCUCUCAGCUCCUGUGCACGAUGAGGGCGGUCCAUCGCUCCUGGGUAAAUUUUCCUUAAAGUCGUUUUUUGGAAUCACAACAAAGCCAAAAGAAGAGAGUGCUGUUCUGAAAGCAUUCAGAUCCCUUUCAAUCAAACCAGAGGUGCAGUCAGACACCCCUGACUUUACUCCGGAGGAAAACAACGUAAAUUCUGGAGCACACCCUGACACAGAGCUAGAUGGAACAAAUGAAUCGGAGUCUGUUAAAGUAGAAGCAACCUUGAGAAAUCAGGAAACUGAGCCGGUAGAACAUUCAGACUUGAAUUUACAGGAUCCGGAUGAUUUAAACUGUAAAAAGGAGAUGGAUUCAGAAAACAAUUUGGAAGAAGUUAAGUCUAGUGGAAUUGACAUGGAAAACCUAGAAACUCCUCAGAUGGAUAAUCUGGGUGGGACUGAAGUCCACAUUUUACAAGAGCAAAAUGAUGAAAAGAAGGGAGUAGACACACAGCGUCUGGAAGCCUCAGACACUCUUGAAGAUGCAAGCACUGCCAUGCGAACGCUUCAUAAUAGCAGUACCUCGCUGUCUGUCAAGGAAAUCAACGACCAGGAUGGUCUGCUUGUACAUGGAACUCUUGUGCACACAACAAGUGAUACAGACUCUGACAGCGAGAGCCCUUGUAAAGUCACCGGACAGAAUACAACAAAGGAUCCAGUGUCCAAGGAUUACUCUGAAUCACAUGUAUCCCUAAACAAUGAUCUCCAGCGGGAACCAGGAGCACAAGAGCAGGAAAGAAGAGAUUCUUUUCUAAAGGAAAAAAGCAAGGAGGAAAUCAGUGCAAACAUGCCAGAUGGUAAGGUGUCCAACAUGGAGGAAGAGAGCAUCACAGGAGUGAAAGAAGAUGCCAGUGGUCCAGAGCCUGGUAAAACUUUGACUUCCUCUGAUACUCAGAGCGAAAAGACCUUCCAGCUACCAGCUUUCUUUAGUGGACUUCGCGUGCACAAGAAGGGUUCAUCUGUAGAGGAGAAAGAUACCCUGACUGUAAAAGAAGGGGACAGUGACCUUGCGCUGCUAAAACUAUCACAGCCAGUGCAGAAGUCCAAACUGCCCGAUGUGUCUCCUGUCAGGAGAAGGGAAAGUAAGAGAGCAUCUGAACCCAGGGCAAGUUCAAAAUUCAUGGAGCAACUGUCCCUGCUUCUAAAUUUUGAUCAACCUAAACAAGAAGAGACCGAGGACAAUGCAUCUCCAGAAGAAAGUCCAGAAACCAGCAUAGGACAGGGUUUGGAAGUUGAGUCAGAGGUCAAGACAGAGCCUGUAUUACAAGAGUCCGCUUUAGAUGCAUUUAGGUCUUUUUUCACAGGUCCACCCAGAAAGCCCACCAAGCCAGUGUCUCCUGAUUUGGAGACAGUCAAGCGCAAGCAGAAGAAUGAGAAGGAAUCUCUGAAAGCAAUCUUUGACAAGGCCAGAAACACGGAUGCUGACAACACCGAUAAGAAAAGUCCGGACCAUAGCCCGUCGGACCCAGAUGACAGGACACCAGGGAGACUGCUAGCUGUGUGGCCGCCGCCAAAACCAAAAGAUGAGGAGGACAAAGUGGGUCUGAAGUACACUGAAGCAGAAUAUCAAGCCGCUAUUUUACACUUGAAGAGGGAACACAAGGAGGAGGUGGAAACGCUGAAGUCUCAGUUUGAAAUUCAGGUUUUCAAUGUACGAGGGGAACAAGCUGUUCAGACCAGUAGACUUCAGGAUGCAAUACGAAGUCUUCAGGAUGAGUUGCAGAACAGAAUACAUUUUUUGAAAGGAGAGACACAGGAUGCCUGUGUUUCUACUGAGGAUGAGAAUCCACCAAAGACCUUUCGCAAUGUAUACAUUCAGACUGACCGUGACACAUUCCUGAAGCCAAGUGAAGAAGACAAUAAGACUCAUAAGACCAAUAACAUUGUACCCAAGAAACUAAAUAUCACCUCUCUGAACCAAAACUUGUCUAGUGCCUCAUCCCCAACUUCACCAAUUUCUCUUUUGGGAAGUGAAUUACACCCACAACCACCUCCCCUUCUUCCAAAUUCUGUUCCUCCGCCACCACCAGUUCCUUCUCUUGGUUCCGGCCCUCCUCCACCCCCUCCUCUUCCAGGUUGGGGUCCCCCUCCACCCCCUCCUCUUCCAGGCUCUGGUCCCCCUCCUCCCCCUCCUCUGCCAGGCUCUGGUCCUCCUCCACCCCCACCUCUGCCAGGUGCCGGCCCUCCUCCACCCCCACCUCUGCCAGGUGCCGGCCCUCCACCACCUCCUGGACUAAUUUUUGGUGGUAUCUCAUCUGCAAGCAAAGCACCUCGGAAACCACCUGUAGAACCUGGCUGUCCCAUGAAGCCACUGUACUGGACAAGGAUCCAAGUCAAAGUUAGCAGUUCUAGCGUGAAUUCUACCUUAUGGGACUCAUUGAAGGAACCCAGCAUUGCUGACACCAAAGAGUUUGAAGACUUCUUUUCCAAAACUAGUGUUCAGCAGAAGAAGAAACCACUGUCUGAGACAUUUGAGAAGAAAACUAAAGCCAAAAAGAUUAUAAAACUAUUGGAUGGUAAAAGGUCACAGACUGUGGGCAUAUUAAUAUCAAGUUUGCACUUGGAUAUGAAGGACAUUCAACAAGCUAUAUUAAAUGUGGAUGAUUCCAUAGUGGACCUUGAGACACUACAGGCUUUAUACGAAAACAGAGCUCAGAAAGAGGAACUGGAGACAAUAAAAAAGCACUAUGCAACUGCAAAAGCUGAGGAUGUUAAGCUACUGGACAAACCUGAACAAUUCCUCCAUGAAUUAUCUCAGAUUCCAAACUUUUCAGAGCGUUCCCAGUGCAUUAUUUUUCAGUCUGUCUUCACAGAAGGAAUAUGCUCAGUUCGCAGAAAAGUAGAAAUCCUCAGCCGUGCCUCUAAUGGUCUCUUGGAAAAGGAAAGUGUGAAAGAUAUCAUGGGUUUAAUACUUGCGUUUGGAAACUACAUGAAUGGCGGCAACCGAACUCGAGGACAGGCAGAUGGCUUUGGGCUUGAAAUUCUGCCCAAGCUGAAAGAUGUUAAGAGCACGGAUAAAGGCCUCAGCUUUGUGGAUUAUAUAGUCCGUUAUUACCUACGACACUUUGACCAGGACGCUGGGACAGACAAGAGUGUUUUCCCCUUGCCAGAACCUCAGGAUAUCUUAUUGGCCUCACAGAUGAAAUUUGAAGAUCUAGAGAAGGAUUUGCGGAAACUUAAAAAAGAACUUGAAGUGUGUGAAAAAAAAGCAGCCGUUGUAGAAAAAGACUCUCCUGAGUGCCAUCUGCAGCCUUUUAAAGACCGAAUGGCAGCAUUUAUCCAAAAAGCCAGGGAAGAACACGAGACAGAGGAAAAUAACUUGAACAAAGCAAAUACCAGCUUUGAUAAAACAGUUGAAUAUUUUGGAACAAAGCCAAAGGCUGGUGAAAAGGAAGUUAGCCCCAACUCCUUCUUCGUGGUGUGGUACGAAUUCUGCAGUGACUUCAAGGACGUAUGGAAACGAGAGAGCAAAACCUUCUCAACAGAAAGGCUCCGUCUGGCCCAGGAGACGGUCAACAAACUAACAGCAGAAAAGAAGGUAGAAACCAAGAAGAUUAACCCUGCGGCUAGUCUGAAAGAGAGACUUCGUCAAAAAGAAGCCAGUGUGAGUGGCAACUGAAAGUAACCCUAAAGUGCAAUUUGUGAGGUCCAGCUUGGCUGCUGUGGGGGUGAACAGACUCUCAACCAGCAGCAACAGAAUCCAUGUGCUGUAAUGGUGUUACUAGCAAUCGGAAGCUGGAGACCUGUUUCACAUGCUCAUAUUUUGGGUGUAAAGGAGCACGGACCAUAUUGUGACUGAACAAAUCUCCGGACGUUUAAUGGAUAUUGACCUUUAUAUAGGCAUACAUAAAAGAAGACCUCCAUGUUCCAGUACUAGAGACAUAUUGUGUGCGCGUGUGUGCGUGUGUGUGAGUGUGUGUGAGUGUGUGUGCGUGUGUAUGUACACAAAUAUAUAUACAUACAAAGCGAGAGCUGUUUUAAAUGCAAAAAUCAGAUUAAUGCUACCUGGGCUAUUAUAAAUUAUUCACAAUGUCCUAGGUUAUUUUAUUACCUGAAAUGUUUUAUUUCUGUUACUUUUAUAUAAUGCAUAUUUAUAUUCUUGUAUAGGGUGUGUGUAUGUAUAUGGCAUUUGUAGGCAGAGCUGUUGUUGCUACCCAGGAACUGUGUGAUUUAGUUAGUGAAUAUCCAAUUAGACGUUAGUUCUCUCCGGCCAAAAUGGCAGCUAGAAAAUUGCACUAUAUUUUUUUCUACACUGCGUAUACAUACGGUAUAUUGCCAUCUUUUUUGGAGUUAUUUUAAGCAAAGGAAAAUGCAAAUUCAUUAUUGCAUUUCCAGUCACAUUCAUUUUUACUUUGAUAUCAGAGGAAAACGUGUACUGCAAACUCAGUUAUUGAAAGUCAGAAAAGUUAGUGUGAACAUUACCUGCGGUCAUCACAGAUACACACUUUCCAUCUGUUUGUGCUAUCACAUUGCAUUGGUAAGAAACCGUUCGUGCACAGACAGGCUGAGUGAUAUAUGGUAAAUACAAAUUGUAUUUAGUCAAAUUCUUUAGGUUGUAUAUUAAUACACAAAUGGAGUGAUGAACAGCGGCAUUCCAGAGGUUUGUGAAUGGAAUUUCCAAAGAUGCUCUGCCCUUAUGUAAUCUAUCCACCUAUGGACUUAUUAAUCCACUAGGAAUCGGUUAGGGAGAAACCUAUAGCCAAGCACCAGGAAACAUAGAUAACGUUUUACGUGUAUUUACAUUUCACAUCGGUGUCAGGAUUUGGAAAACAAAAUAGGUUCCAGCUAAACAUAACAUGCUAUCUUCCCUCCUACCAUUUAAUGAAGAUAGGACAAAAACAUUCACCUGUCCUGAAUUGUGUAUAAACGAAGAACUCGAUUUUAUGAUUAAAACAUUUGUAUAGUUGAUGUGAGUGAUUCCAAUCCAGUUAAAUUAAUGUUGCAAUUUCUAUGGUCAUACAUGUGCACUCGUUAGCUUGUUUUUAAAGUAAUACUCUAGAGUUUUAAAUUAAUACAUUUCCAUUUAAUACAUGCAUUUAUAAUCUCCUGGGCCCCUCUCCCCAACAAAAUCUCUUCAAUGAAGAAUUAAAUUAAAGGAACACUGUAGGCACUAUAACCAUUUCAUAUAUGGUAAUUUACUAUACCAAUUAAAGGAACAAUGCAGGCACUAUAUCCAGUUCAUCUCGUUGAAUUGGUUAUAGUGGCGAGAGUCCCCUGGUGCUGUCCCUACAUUCAGUGUUUAAACAUUUUUGAGCAGAUUAACACUAAAUAACAAUCUCUGGAAACCCACACCCCAUUCCAAACUGGAGGUGUGACGUAGGCAGAUAUUACACACUUCCUUCUAACCAUACCAAUUCAUACCAGCAAAGGGUGAUGCGAAAUGCUGAAAGAGAACAGCUGGCACUCUUAGCCAAUCACAGACACCUUUUCCUUCUCAGUCUAAUGCUUUCUCAUUAGCCCAAGCAGCACAGAGGGGGAUGGGCUGCUGUGUAAGUAUUAAAACAUUAGAAACCAUUUAAGAUUGAAUGGAACGAUUCAGAUGCUAUAAGCACUUUAAUAAGGUGAAGUAGUUACAGUACCUACAGUGUCCUUUUGAAGGGAGCACUCCAGGAACUAUGACAACUUCAUCGGAAUUAAGUUUUGAUGGUGCUAGAAGGUCCUCAAUGUCUUCUCUCCAGCGCCAUUUAGCUCUGCUGCUCUCAGAUUCUAAAAUCAGGAAGCUUCAGACUCAUGUCGGUGGCCAUCCAAAAUU